AUCAAAGUAUCUGAACAAAGUGGAUUUUUAUGGGAAAUAGACAAAGUACAUCGACACUAAGUAGUGACGACGAUGAUAGUAAAGAUUUCUAUCAACUCUUAUGCAUCUCUGAAGAUGCUUCACAGGACGAUAUCAAAAAAUCGUUUAGGAAGUUAGCCCUCAUUCACCAUCCAGACAAAAAUCCUGGUAACGUUGAAGCCGCGAACCAAAAGUUUUCAAAGCUACAAGAAGCUUAUGAGACUUUAUCCGACGAACAAGAACGCGCGUGGUAUGAUCAGAAUAAGAAUGCAGCAGAAGAAGCUGGCGAAGAAGAUGAUGCAGCCGCAUUUGAGGAAAUGUUGAACGGACAGGGCGCACGUAAGACACGCCUUACCAAAGAUCCUGGUAUUACCACUAGACAACUCAUACGAUUCUUCAAUCCGAAACUCUGGAAUGGCUAUGAUAGCUCAUCCAAGGGUUUCUACACCAUUAUGGGUGCCUUAUAUGCUCGAUUAGCUGAGGAAGAAGCUACAGCAGCACCAUACGAUUUCGAAGAAGACAACGGCCCCUGUCCAGCUUAUCCAGGGUUUGGUGAUGAGAACACACCAUUUGAGUCAACACCACGUGAUUUUUAUGCUCUUUUUGGCGGAUUCAGCUCACGUAAAUGCUUCGCAUGGCGCGACUUAUGGGAUCUUCGUGAUGCCCAAGAUAGGCGUGUUAGACGUAUAAUGGAGAAGGAAAAUAAAGCUGCAAGAGACGAAGCUAGGAAAGAAUACAAUGAGACUAUACGCCAACUCACGUUUUUCAUCAGAAAACGUGACCCUAGAUAUAGAAAUUAUGCCAAAAAGCAAGCACAAUAUGCUUCACCAGAGGCAGCCCAACAGAGACGCAGUGAGGCGAAUGAAGUUCGUAAGAAGGAGCGUAAUGCAGCUGCUGCAACAUUUGUAGAGCAAUCCUGGCAACAAGUAUCAUCCUAUGAUAUGGCAGUAGAAGAAGCCGAAGAACUUGAAGAAAUGGACAAAUUACAUUGCUUUGCAUGUGACAAAAACUUCAAUUCUGAAAAAGCAUUUGAGAAUCAUGAAAAAAGCAAGAAACAUAAUCAGAUGGUAAAAAUUUUACGCAAACAUCUCGAAAAAGAAGAACGCGAAUUGAUUAAAAAUGGUGGAGGACAACGUCUCAAUGAGAGUAGUCUACAGGAACAUGACUACGUGCAGGAUGCAGCUAGUAGCAUGUGUGAAACUCCCGGAGAAUCUACUCCAACAUUGAGCACAACCGUUGAGGCUAAAGUUGAUAACCUGAUCCAUGAAACAGAGAUAGAACAUGACAUUGAGCGUCAGCUGGAUCUCAACCAAGUUGCUAACAAUGAGAGUGAAUCGCACACCGAGACAGAAACAACUCACACUUCUGAUCUCGGUAGUGUCGAUUACGAAGAGAAGAAGAUAAAUGAAGAAAUUGACGAACAAAUUGUGUCUCAAUUGGAUAAUUUGAAAGUAGAUGGAGUUGAAGUCGAGAAUAAUCGUGAUCCAUCACCUGUUCCCGUCAAGAAGCCAUUAUAUAUACCCGAUGAGAAGCCUCAGCGGACGAAGAAAGAAAAGAGGAGGGCACGCGAAGCUGCCAAGAGAGCGUUAGAGAAUGCAGUGCCAAUAACAUUAUACUGCAAUGUUUGCCAUGAACCAUUUAGCUCACGUACAAAAUUAUUUAACCAUAUCAGAGACACCGGACACGCUUUAGCAGGUCCAGACGAUCACAAAUAUAAAAGGAACAAAAAGAAAGGGAAACGGAAUACAAAGAAUACUAAACAACCAUAGCAUAGGCAUUUUGAUUACCAUUAUUGCAUUAAUUGGGACAAAUGUAAUUAGAUGUAUUUUUGCAUUGUUAUUUCAUUUUAUUUGCACAAAA